AUGUCUUCACCAAAACGCCUCAAUAUACUAAUCACCGGUUGCUCUCCGGGCGGCAUGGGCGCAGCUCUGGCCACCACGUUCCACAAUGCAGGCCACCAUGUCUACGCGACGGCGCGGAACCCGUCUAAGCUGUCGUCGCUCGCGGCGCAAGGCAUGAGAACGACACCCUUGGACGUAACAUCAGCGUCUUCCAUCGAAUCCGCUGUUAAGACCGUCUCCUCUUCUCUGCCCGAGAAUGAAGGCUUGGAUAUGCUCGUCAACAACGCGGCGGGCAACUACACGAUGCCCAUUGCGGACGUUUCAUUGGAUGCGGCGAAGGAACUGUUCGAUCUGAACGUCUGGUCGCAGGUUGCCGUUACGCAAGCAUUCUUGCCUUCGCUGCUCAAGUCCGCAACCUUGGCUUCCUCGUCAACAAGCGGCAGCCCGGCUCGACCCAUGAUAGUAAACCACACCUCGGUCGGAUCAGUCACCGCGAUCCCUUUUCAAGGUAUCUACAACUCGUCCAAGGCGGCUUUCGCCAUGCUCUCCGAGACGAUGCGUCUCGAGCUGUCGCCCUUCGGAAUCAGCGUCAUCGACCUCAAGACGGCCGGUGUGCGGACCAACUUGAUCUCCAACAAUAACGUCAACUCUAAGGCCGAGAGACUGCGGGAGGGCUCGAUAUACGGACCAGCCCGGGAUGUUGUCGAGAAGGCCAUGAGCCAGGAGGGUCUCGUCGAGAUAGGAAUCCCAGCGGAGCAGUGGGCCGCCGAGGUAGCAGCGCUCUUGUUAGGGAAUAGCCCACCGGCUGUCAUCUGGAAGGGUGAAAAGGCCACAAUGGCUCGAUUGGCUACUUCGAUGCCUUGUAACAUGUUUGAAGGUGUCCUCAAAAGGAUGAGCAAACUGGACGUUGUGGAACAAAUCAUCACGGAGAGCAGGAAAUGA